AUGAGGAACUUCCUAGUGUUGCGAGAAAACCAGGACGUGACCUAUCUAAAGAAUCAUGAUGUUGUUCCCAUGCCAAUAUCUAGAAGAAUAUGGGGGUUCUGGACUUUCUUAUCUUUCUAUUCAAUUGGUAAUGUUUCUGUGGCAACUUGGUCUGCUGGAUCUUCUUUGCUAUCCAUUGGUAUCAACGUCGGGGAAAUAAUGGGUUGUAUCGUCAUUGGUAACAUUUUCAUCUGCCUUGCCUAUUUUUUCGUAAGUGCCCCUGGUUACGAUUUCCAUGUGGGGUAUACCAUGCUUCAAAGAGUGAUCUUUGGCAUAAGAGGCUGCUAUUUGGGGAUCCUCAUCAGAAUCCUUCUAUCGAUCGUUUGGUACGCCAGUGACGCCUGGAUGGGAGGAUUGAUUCUUGGGAAUAUUUUUUCAUCAUGGUCUUCAGAUUAUUUCAAUUUAACCAAUACCUUCCUGGAAUCCGUGCCAUUCUCUCGCAAAGAUCUCAUUGGGUUUGUAUUGUUCCAACUAAUCCAACUCCCAUUCUUUUUAAUUAGACCAGAAAAAUUGAGAUUCUUGAUACACGUAGGAUGUGUAACCUGUUUUUUCUCAAUGUUGGGACUCACCAUUUGGGCAGUGGCUUUGAAUGGUGGCGACGAUGGUCCUUUAAUGGAUACGCCAAACACCCUUGCUCCUUCGGCCCAUGGCUGGGCGUGGAUCUCAGGAGUGACCAGUUGGUACGGGUCUUUGCUAACGGGGAUCGUCAACAGUCUGGAUUACACCAGAUUCUCAAAAAAUACUAGAAGCUCUUGGGCCGGGGUCCCGGUAGGUAACUUGGUGAUGGGGACCGUGAUCCCAUUGAUGGGGUUAGCCACCGCUUCUGCAUUAGAUGGAAAAUACGAUGAGCAGUUUUGGACCCCAUCACAAAUCAUGGACCAAAUCUUAACCAAUGACUACUCUCCAAAGGCAAGAGCCGCGGUAUUCUUUUGUGCGUUCGGGGUUUUGACUUCUCAAUUGGCCAUCAAUGUUGUUGGGAAUGGUAUUUCCGGAGGUACUGAUAUAGCUGGUCUUUUACCGAAAUUCUUUAAUAUCAGGCGGGGUGCCAUCGCUACUGCCUUAUUGUCUUGGGCCGCUUGUCCCUGGUUGUAUUAUAACUCGUCAUCCAAUUUCUACUUGGUCAUGUCUGCAUUUUCUGUGUUUUUGUCGCCAUUUGUCGGGAUCAUUGUUUGUGAACAUUGGAUUAAAAGAAAAAGAACUAUCAAAUUGUCGGAUCUUUACACUUUCGAUUCUGAUGGGAUCUAUUACUACACUAAAGGGUUCAAUUGGCAAAACAUCAUUAUUUGGAUCAUUGGUUUUGCUCCAGGAGUGCCAGGGCUAGUUAAAAGUGUCAAUACGAAUGCCCAUGUAAACUCAGGAAUCAUCAAUUAUUUCCAAGGCAACUCUUUGUUUGGAUUUUGUAUUUCUUUCUUCUUGUGUUAUAUCAGUGGUUUGAUUUUUCCAAGUACGGUUUCAACCGAAAUUGAUGAGGUAGAUGAAUUUGAUACGUUCACUGAGCAAGAGGCAGCCGACUUAGGAGUUAUUCCAUAUGAUGCUUCUGCUAUCAAAGAAUUCUAA